AAAAAAAUAUUCGCCACCCGGAACUGUCUGUGUCUGAUGGUCUGCUUGAAGAUAUGUGAGGUGUGUGUUUGAGCGUGAAAAUGCCUGGUCAUAGCAUGGACUUAAUUCAUUCGUUAUGUUUUAUUUUGGCUUUGCGUUUCUGUAUCGGGGCUGAGGUGUCCCUCUGGAAUGUCGAAAUUCCGAUGGAAUCGCGUCAGGAUCCUGUCUUCCGUAAAACCUUGUUUGCCAACACCACCAUCUACAUGAAAUUUCAAGGCAAUACUGACGCAUGUGACAAAAAUCUUGCCUUCAACGUUAGCUGGUACCUUCGGUCCUCUGUUUGCUACAAUGAGGUCUUUAACACUGCAGACAACAACGCUUUGGCCAUGUUUGGACUGGACCGCAUGGGGAAGGAGAACUGGAGUGGCUACUACAGCCAGGGCUACAUUUUCUUCGACAACUGCAGUGCCCUUUUCACUCCCAGGGUGUACUACUCCGAGUUCAUUCCAUACCAGCCCCUCUCCAGCCCUCAGAAUGACGAGAGCACGCCAGCCAAUCGGAGCACACCUCAGGGAUGGCAGGAGAAACCGUCGAUAGGGGCGGUGGCCAAGGCGUGGCUCGACAGUCCCUACUUGUUCAUCGUGAAAGUGCGACCGCAGCCUCGGGACCCCCCUGGGGUGCGGCAGGAGGAGGAGGACACCAAAGAUUCGCCUGGGAAAUAUGCUUUCACCAUGAGAGUGGAGAUGAAAGGGCCUUAUGAAUAUUCCUCGCCUGCCGACUGGCCUCUCAUGAUGUUCUUCAUGGCCAUGUGCAUCGUGUACGUCCUGUUCGCGCUGCUGUGGCUGGUCUGGUCGGCCUGCUACUGGCGGGACCUGCUGAGGAUCCAGUUCUGGAUCGGCGCCGUGAUCCUGCUGGGCAUGCUGGAGAAGGCCGUGUUCUACUCUGAGUACCAGAGCAUCCGCUACCGCGGCGAAUACGUCCAGGGCGCUGUGAUUUUCGCCGAGCUGCUGUCGGACCUGAAGAGGGCCCUGGCCCGAGUCCUGGUGCUCAUCGUUAGCCUGGGCUACGGCAUCGUCAAGCCGAGGCUGGGCACGACGGUGCACCGGCUGGUGGCUGUGGGGCUGCUGUACCUGCUCUUUUCCUCUGUGGAGGGAGUGCUGAGGGUCACCGGGAGCUACUACGGCACAGUAGCCCUAGUGGCCAACCUCAGCCUGUCCCUCAUCGACUCUUGUGUGAUGUGGUGGGUCUUCAUCAGCCUGUCCCAGACCACCCGUCUGCUGAAGAUACGCAGGAACGUGGUGAAGCUCUCCCUGUACCAGCACUUCACCAACACCCUCAUCUUCUCCGUCCUGGCCUCCAUUGUCUUCAUCAUCUGGACGACCAAAGUCUUCAAGCUGGUCGACUGUCAGACGGGCUGGAGGGACCUGUGGGUGGAUGAUGCGUUCUGGCGGCUGCUCUUCUCCACCAUCCUCCUGGUGAUCAUGGUGCUGCUACGGCCCUCUGCCAACAGCCAGAGGUUCUCCCACUCUCCACUUAUCGAUGAUGAUGAGGAUGACGAUGAAGCCAAGGAGCCCAUGCUGAAUGAGGCUUUUGAGGGGAUGAAGAUGAGGGGGACGAAGCCGGAGACAAACGGAGCCCAGAAAUUGCUGAGCAAAGAGGAUGAGGAUCUGAAAUGGGUGGAGGAGAACAUCCCCACAACUGUGGCCGACGUAGCACUCCCUGUGAUGCUGGAUGAAGAGGAGGAAAUUCUGAAAGCCAAGAUGGAAAGAUCGAAGAUGGAGUAAUAAAGGAGGGCAAGGUCAGGAAGACGGAGGAGGGAAGUGUACGCAGAAGAGCCGUCGGGCGCUCCACUUCUGUAUUUGGACUCACAUGACUCAACACUGGAUUUAUUUUUCACAUCAGCACACGCGCACCAACACACACACACACACACACACAGCUUUAAGUUUAUUUUUUCAUUUGAGAGAGCCACUGUCUGUGGGUGUGCAGAGAAAGUGGGGGGGGGGGGGGGAGAGUUGGGCAUGAUGUCAUUCUGUGGUACAGUACGUGCUGAGUCAGUCUGUGGUUUCUGAUGUGAGCCUGGAGCAACACUGAUGCCGAAACAAAACCGCUUUACGCAGCAGGACACCAGUUUUGUAUGCUGCAGAAGAGAAACUGCCAUGAAGCUUGCAAAUGAAGGAAAAAGAAAAUGCCUAAUAAUAGUCUAUUUAUGUUGAGUAACAGUGUUUGUUUUAAUCCUGCAGUUCAUAAAAAGAUGAGAGGCGAAAUUGUUCCAUGAAGACAAAAAUAUUUUUCCAAUCCCCUUAACUUCCUCCUUUGUGGUUUGCGUCUCAGUUUUGUCUACUGCUCUGGGAGUACAGUUGGAACGCACACGUAAAUGUUUGUCUUGAAGGGCCUAACAGACCGGUUCUGAGUGGCCAACCGGAAGAUGGAAUGAGGCUCGCGCACUAAGUUCUGAGUAGCUUGGUAACUGGUCUGUGUCUUAUCGCUCCUAAAAGUAAACCGGGCGGUGUACUACAAGGAAUUCUCCCCUUUCAUCCUUUUUACUCUUGCAGAGAUGCUCCCUAUUGCACGGAAAUUAUGAAGGCCGUUGCCAUAUUAAGUCAUAAUUGUAAUUGCUACUCCCUUCCUAUAAAUUUGAGUGUGGGGGAUGAGUUAUGCAACUAGCUUUAUUUACUAAAAUUUUUUUGUGAGUACAUACUGCUAACGGGAUUCUUGUGGAUUGUGUUAUUUUCUCCCAUUGAUUAAAUGUAUUGCAUUUAUCGCUUUUUUUGCACCCCCCCCCCCCCCCCCAAAAAAAAAAAGCAUUAAAAUAUUUUAAAGGUCCAAAAACUUUUAAGCCGUGCGAUCUACUGCAACCUGGGCUAUUUUGGCCUUUUAAUUUAUUUACCACAUCCUUGGGUUCUAUGUUGUGAACGCAAGUAAUGUAAGGGUUAGGUUUUCGUUGACUUGGAAAGAAUAUAACGGAUUUUAAAAAAAUGUGACGUAAAAAUUGGUUUGCCUGCCAUUUUGUACUGUAUGUUCUUUUCGUUUCAGGGUUAAUCUUUAUAUUAAACGCUAUUUUUGUCAGUUA